AUGAACACUUUUUCCAACUUUCAAAUUCCUGACGUCUGGGAAGUGAAGGACGUCAUCAAUAAAGUAAAAAAUGUAGUGCUGAACUAUACUGAAAUGGAAGCCAAGGUUCAUGAAGCAACAAAUAAUGAGCCUUGGGGCGCUUCAACUACUCUGUUACAAGAGAUUGCUCAAGGAACUCAUAACUACCAAUACUUUAAUGAAAUCAUGCCUACUAUUUAUAAGCGAUUUACAGAAAAGGAGCCUAAGCAAUGGCGGCAGAUAUACAAAGCAUUGGUCUUGUUGGACUAUUUGAUUAAAAAUGGAUCUGAAAGGGUUGUAGAUGACGCUCGAUCUCACGUUGCGAUGAUCAAAAUUAUGAGAAAUUUCUAUUACAUUGAUGAGAAAGGGAAGGACGAGGGAUUGAACGUUCGAAACAGGGCCAAGGAAAUUGUGGAACUCUUGGCUGAUACAGACAGAAUUAGAGAAGAAAGAAAGCUUGCUAGGAAAAAUCGUAACAAAUAUAUAGGUGUAGGCUCUGAUACGGCAUCAACAAGAUAUGUCGGGUUCGGCAGUGGUUCUCGUGGUAUUAGCUUUAAUGGUGAUGCAAUGAGCUUUGGUGAACAAACACCUUACUCUCCUCCAAAGAUGGGUAAAUACGAUGAGGAAGAUGACGAGUUUGAUUCGUUUGCUUCCCCUUCGACCACCACAAGUAAUAAUAAAUCCAAGCAAGAUAAGUCAAGUCAUGAAGAUGACGAUGACGAGUGGGGUGAAUUUACGUAUGGUGGUGUCGCAGAAGAGGAAAAAACCAAAGCCAGUACAACAACCAAUGAUGAUGACUUUGCUGAUUUCCAGUUUGCUGUCCCAGAAAGGAACAACAACAAUAAUACACAGCAAUCAAGCACAGGUAACGACCUGUUUGAUCUUUUAGGUGGUGAUGUCAGUGCCCCUCCUACAUCAAUACCACAGACAACAACUGUACCUCCACAGCAGACAAUAAAGCAAGAAAAAGAAAUCCAGGGCACUUCUACACCAGCUACAGGAAUGUGGGCACAGGCAUCUAAUUUUGUAUCUUUGGAUUCACUUGGUAAGAAAUCAGAUAUCACUUUGAGCGCCAAAGCAGGACCCUCUAUGAAUUCUCUAAAGAGUACAAGUGUUCAAGCAAGUUGGAAUAAUUGGGCAUCCAACAAUGGUAUCCAAUCAACAGUUAACAACAAUAGCAACAACCAAUCUAAAAAUACCAAAUCUUCUCCUUUUGACGAUCUCUUAUCAUAA